CGAGAAAAAAAAAAAAAUCAAGAUUGGACCAUGCGCACUGGACAGCAAACUGGACAUCUGCAAACCUUCCCCACCACCUUCAAGAUCAAGAUCAUGGCACUCCCUAUCCCAUAUACCAACGUUGUCCUUGGGAUCUUUGCCUCGGCAGAACAAGUAGACGCUUUUGUUGCAGAGUUGUCAGGACUUGUCGAUGAACUCGCCAACCGCCGUAAACCGUAUCACGGGGACUUUACGCUGCUCAAAGGAGAACUUAUGAAGGAGCAUAGGAAAACCGAUUCCGUAUAUUUCGCUUGGAAACUGGGGAGUCUG